GUGAAGAUAGCUUGGCCGGGAAUCUCUUAGCAAAGGACAGAAAAGGCUGAACCUUGUUAAUUUUUAAUAGAUGUGUCAGCUGACUCUCUUCGAUUUGAAGAUAAUGAUGAGCUUUCUGCCAAACUGCACCAGAGGACGUUAACGGCUGUAAAGAUGCGUAGGAUCUUCGCUAGUUGUGCACUUGCAGCGCUGCUGCUGGCUGCAGCCUGGGCAGACCACCACCAACACCACCACCACCACCAUGAUGGCUCUGAUCACAGCCAUGAGGGAGAAAUGAGCUGCCACAAGCUGUCGUCUCCCAAUGCUGACUUUGCCUUUGCCCUCUACAAAAACCUGAAUGCCAAGGCUGCUGCUGGAAAGAACAUCUUCUACUCGCCGCUGGGCAUCUCCACCGCCCUGUCCGUGCUGUCUACAGGGGCUCGUGGUGAAACCCACAGCCAGCUGUUCUCCAGCUUGGGAUACAGCAGCUUAAACCAGACUCAGAUCAACGAAGCAUACGAGCAUCUUUUCGACAUGCUUGGACACAGCCAUGAGAAUCAGCAGCUGGAUGUCGGUAACGCUGUGGCCGUGCGCUCUGGUUGCGAUCCUCUGGAGAAGUUCCUGAAGGAUGUCAAGCACCACUACUCUGGUGAGGUCUUCAACGUCAGCUUUACCGAUCCUGCUGAGGCUGCAGCUGAGAUCAGCAGAUACAUCGCUAACAAAACCCACGACAGGAUCAAAGACAUGGUGAAGGACCUGCACCCUGAUAUGGCCAUGAUGCUUAUUAACUAUGUCUACUUUAAAGGAGAGUGGAAAACACCCUUCAAUCGUCGCAUGACACGCAAGAUGGACUUCCAUGUGGACAAAACCACCAAAGUUCAGGUGGACAUGAUGAUGAGGACGGGUUACUACGACACCUACUGGGAUGUUGACAACCACACCACUGUCGUCAUGCUGCCCUACAAGGGCAGCACCUCCAUGAUGAUCGUCCUGCCUGAUGAAGGCAAGAUGACGGAGGUGGAGGGCAUCAUCAACAAGGACUACAUCAAGCACUGUCGAAACUCAGUCUCUAUGGGAUAUGUGGAUCUGUUCCUACCAAAGUUUUCCAUCUCUGCUGAUGCUUCUCUGGAAAACACACUGAAAGAAAUGGGUAUAACCGACGCUUUUGAGGACAGGGCUGAUUUCUCUGGCAUUUCUGACGAGGUCAUGCUCAAAGUCUCAAAGGUUUCCCAUAAGGCCACGCUGAGUGUCACUGAGAUGGGAACAGAGGCAACGGGAGUCACUAUUAUUGAAAUGAUAUUAGUCAUGUUGCCACCAUCAGUCAGAAUUGACAGACCCUUCUUGGUCUUCAUCCUGGAGAACUCCACUGAGAACAUCCUCUUCAUGGGCAAGAUCAGCAACCCCACAGCCAUGUAAAGGCACAUGCUAGGAAAAUGAUAAAUCACGGUCACAGGUGCCAUCAUGAAGAUCUUAUCAGGCUGUAGCAGGAAUGUGCUUGUGUGCAUGUAUAUCUUUGCAGGGGAGUUUUCACUGGUCUCUGAAUGGAACUAAUUCUACAAAAGUAUCAUUAAAGAACAUUUUGUUGACGUAAAUGAGAUGUAGAGCUGCAAAGAUUGAUCAGUCAGUUAGACAGAAAAUUAACUAUUAACUAUUUUGAUAAUCGAUGAAUUUUUUCAGUGAGCAUGUACAUGUCUUUUACUUUGUAAAGAUAAUAAAGGAGUGCCCUGAAAAAAGAAAAAAA